CUCACUGGCCCUUCGAACGGGACGGAUGGGGGUUGGGGCAUGGGAAGGAAGAGAUUGACAGAUUCCCUCUUCUCGUUUCUAAAUGCUAAUUAUGUAUGUACAAGAUUUUGAUAAAUUUCACACACACAACACUAGUGCUGCUGGAGCUUGCAUCAAGAUGCUGGACCGAGAAGUUGAUUUUGUUUGACCUUCAUCUUUACCAGAGGAAGUGGCACUACGACCAGUAAUUUUUGCAUGGUGCGUUUAAACUCCUACAAUUUCAUGUAAAAAAUUCCCAAAACUACAUUUACCAGCAGGCUGCCUGUUGACCUCAUGAACUUCAGAACUCGAGCACUCGAGUGUGAAAAGCUUCGUCUGGGCGUGGUGUUUGUCAGGGCGGAGCUGUUGUAAUCAGGAGAAGUGAAGUAUAGUUGAAAUUCAGUCAUCAGGGGUCUUCUUAGCCGGUUCUUGAGAGAGAAAUGGACUCCUCUGUGACCUCCACUACACCUAUAGAGGAAGACACACCAGACCUCUUCAAGUGGCAUGGGGCAGAGCUAAUGAUCAUUCCCGAUUAUGACUACAGUCGGAAUCCUAGGCAACAUCCUUGUUCUGUACAUCACCCACUGUCGCUGGAAGGGAACACUCUUCACAUUUUUCAUCAAUGUUCUGGCUUGGCUGGACUUGACUAACCUGAUGCUGGCCAUGCCGACCUUACUGGCCAUCACCGUCAACGACCAGAGCCCGCACUUCACAGCAGCCUGUGGGUUCACCACCUUCGUCGCUCUCGUCACGGGUUUCUCGUCGGCCGUCUUCCUCGUCGUCAUCGCCGCGGACCGCUUCAGAAAGCUGUGUCAGACUCACAAACGACAGAUCCAACUUCCGCUGGCCAGGAGUCUGUCAACAGCCUGCAUUCUUCUGGGGCUGGCGCUGAGCAUCCCGGGACUGUGGGUGUUCGGGCGGAACACAGUCACCUUCACCGGAGACGUGCACCCAGUCAGCAUCUCCUACUGCUUCGUCCGCAACGACGCCAACUCGACCUUACUGAUUUCAUGGAUUGUUAUCCUCGGCGUUCUCUUCAUGGCGAUAUCCACGAGCCUGCUCGUCCUGUAUGGCUUCACGGUCUUGGCUCUCAGGAAGAACUUCAGACGAGUGUCCAUGGCCCGCCGACCCUCGCAAGCAAGCAUAAGCUCCAAACGUGUCUCUAGAAAGCACGCCAAGGUGUUCAUCGCUGUCACGGUGGUAUUUUUCGCCAGUUAUGCCCCUUACCUCGUCACGGUCGUUCUGUCCGUCACCAACACGUCUGGAAGGUUCGACAUGGGAGCCGUGGCCAAGGCCUUCUUCGACUUCGCCAAACUCAUCCCGUUGCUUAGCAACACCGCGAACCCCGCCAUCUACAGUCUGACAUCCCAGCGCUUCCGCCAGGAGUGCAGCAAGCUCUUCACACACCUGCCCUGUCGCCAGAUGCUCAGCGUCCAGCGGAAGGACAGUACAACCGUCAGCGAACUCUCCAACCAUUCGGAGAGUGGGUGACAUUGUCCAGGUCUUGCUCUGGAUGCCUUUGGUGUGAUGAUGGUGCCAGGCCUGUUGUCUCUAGGUAUCCUCCAUGAAGAUAAUUGUUUUGACUGUGCUGAGAGGAUUUGGAGUCCGAUCAGGAAGGAAGACAAAUAUUUUUUUAAUAAAAGAAGUAUCAGAUCAAUACUUGUGGUUGAUGAGAUAUGAGAGAUAUUAUCUUUGUUGUCAGUCUGCAUUGUUUCAACAAAACAUUACCAACUUUUCAUUGAAACCACGAGACACUGACUUUAUGGACUGUUUGAUCACAGGCUGUCAGACUGAAUUGUUUUAUAACACUGCCUAAGUAAACUUUUUCAGCAUUCGUUGCCAGACUGGACUGUUUGAUUACAAGUUCCCAGAUUGGUGUUUACACGCUAUCCCCUUGGACCGUUUAAUAAACAUUACCAUCCUGAACUCUUCCAUCAGAGACUGCUGGCUGGAAAUAAUUUGUUUACCAUUGCUGAAGUUUUCUUUUGACUUUGUGUUUGGUCGCUUAUUUUCAGACAGGGAUAUUCUAUUACACUGUAUAAAACCUGAUUAUUUCAUUGCUGUGUUCAGCUGACACUGAGUUCAAAUUACAUUAGCAGACUAACAGCCACACUUUGUUCAUUCGUGACGAGUAUGACUGCUUUCUCUUCGUUGUAUACACUGUGCUAUCAAUUCUACAGUGUGACCAUUUUUUUCUUCAUCCAAUGUUAUUGUAAAGACAAUUUUUCGUGUGGGAUCACAAGGUUUCACAAUGGAGAGCAACUGCGCUGUAUUAUGUAAGAUGUUCGUGAAAAAUCAUGGUUAAAUUCGUAAGAUCUUCUAGGUAAUCAUAUCGCACUUUGUCAAACAAGAGAAACUUCGGAAAAAAGGGUGAUUCUGCACAUGUUUUAAAAUAUCUGUGUUCCUGUAUAUAUACCAGUGGUCCAUUGCCAUCCUGCAUCAUGUUCAUUCUUACUCUCCAGUUCAAGUAGCUUGGGGCUCAGAAAAGGAACACAUUUAAAAGUUAUUUAGUUUUUUGCUAUUCACUAGCUCUUAUGAUUUUACUUUGUUGGCAUACAAUAUUUGUAUUUACAAAUUUCUGUACGAAUAGGGGAUGUAGAACAUUCUAUAUUACUUCCCUGGCAUAGGUCUUUCUGUCUUUUAGUAUGUAAGUGGAAGAUUCUGAGCGGGAAAGUAAACAAUUGUAACAGCUGGAACUGAGACAGGACGAGGGCGCAAAGUGCAGGUCUGCUUCUCGAUGUUUACACUUGGUACUACAGUGAUUAUGUUCGCUUGAUGGAGUUUUUUGUGUUUAAAAUGUACUUUAUCGAGAUCAGUUAUACUUGAAUGUUGUUGUUCUAUCUCUUAAUAAUUCGGAGUAGAAUUUGGUCUCAAAAUACCGACAGACUCUUGAAUUAUUGGCAGGAUCGAAGAAACGGUACUAAUGUUUUAAAAAUAAAAAUUAUACUUUCAUACCAAG